GGGGUGCAGGCUGGGGAGGCUGCGAGCGAGCCGCGGCGUGGUGUGCGAGCCGGUGAGCGUCCUCCCGAGGAGUGUGCCUGGGCCUGGACGGCCUGGCCUCCUGCCGCUGGAACAGCCUGUGGGGAGCCCCGAGCCUCCCGGACGCGGGCGACUCCCCUUAGCUGCCCGCCGCCCUGCCUGCGCCGCCUCCUCGCGCGCGUGGGACUCUCAGGCCCCGAGCCAGGCCGAGCCUCUGCUUGUGCUUUCCCGCGUGCUGUCUGCAUCGUCUGACAUUUGGGUUGACGUAACCUCGGCACCUCCUCGAAGAAGGACCUGUUUGUUGUUAUUAGUUUAUUUUUUCGUUUGUUUAUUUGUUUGUUUCCAACAUGGCAGCCUCCAGCCGCGCACAAGUGUUAGAUCUGUACCGGGCGAUGCUGAGAGAGAGCAAGCAUUUCAGCGCCUACAAUUACAGAAUGUAUGCUGUCAGAAGGAUAAGAGAUGCCUUCCGAGAAAAUAAGAGUGUAAAGGAUCCUGCAGAAAUUCAAGCCCUGGUAAAUAAAGCCAAAAGAGACCUUGAAAUAAUCCGUAGACAGCCAUAUUUUUGCUCCUCAGAAUAUUUACAAGAAAAUGGCCUUACUCAAGGCUUGUUCAAAUGUUGGCCCAGAUCAGGACUCUGCUUCACUGCACCAUGAAGUCAUAGCCUUGUGUGGGAUUUGGACUGCUUCUCCUUGAUGUUCUCAGUUCAUAUUGGCCAACUGUAUUCGACUGACAAGCUCAUCAUUGAGAAUCAAGAGAAGCCCAGGACAUAGGAGCUCAGUACUAGGAAACAGCCUCCAGCAACAGAACUGACCACCUUCAGCAUCCAUUCUCUAUGGUGUGGAACCUCCCAGUGGUGACUGAACAGAGCCUCUUGCUCUUCCUGCCUUGUAGGAGCUGAUAAACUGGGUCACAUUUGCAUUCUUUCACAGCCAUAAUGUGAAGAAAUGACUGUGCAUCCUCAAUCCAAGUUUUAGAAUGAAGAGCUGGAGGUCACUCAGAAUAAUGCCAUGUGUUAUUGUGUCUCCUCUCCAUCCCACCCAUCUUACAGAUCACCCAUGUAUAGAGCUUUUGCAGAAGUUGUGUCUUAAUCCUUAAAAAUAAACAGAAUUAUCUCCCUAUCCUUUUGUACCAAAUAAACCUAUUACAUUGAA